UAGUGGGAUUCUCUAACUCGUUAUAAUUAUAACAACACACGACGUUACGAUAACGAUACCGACUUUCGUCAUGUGUAACGAGAAACCGAUACCGACAGUGCAAUUCCGUAACUCAAAAUAGCGAUACUCUGACGUUACAGAACAUGAUAACGAAGUGUCGUUAUUUAACGUUAUCGUUAGCGUGAAAGUAAAGAGGAAGUGACGUAUAUGUAUCAGAUUUUGGGGGAGAAUUCGUAGGUUGGUAUUUUGUAUAUAGCAGCAUUCUAGUAAUUUACCUUGGGGAAUACCCAUUACUCCCCGAAAUCUUGGACAAAGAGAGAACUGACCAAUCGCGUUAGUCAGUAAGGUAAAUUGUUUCAAUGCGAAUGAUCCAUUCUUUCUCCGUCCGAGAUCUCGGAAAGACUUUAAAAAGUGCUUAGAACAAUUACGCACGUGAAAUUUUAUUGCAGUGAUUCAAGCGCAAUGACUUCUGUAUUGCAGUAAGUAUUUUGUAUUACAAAGUGUUAAUAAAAGAAAUAAUUAUAAGUAUAAUAAUGUAAUAUAUGUGUACUAAUUGACGAUAUAGAUCGACUUUUAUAGACGACAUAAAAAAUGUUGCUUAUACUAUCUUAUGCAAAUAUAAAUAAUGUAUGGGUUAUUCAAGUACUAAUUAGGUUAUAUAUGUUUCUAGUAUUAGGUUAUGUAUACUCUUAUAUCGAGCAAAAUUGCUUUAUUCAAGUUUAUUAUAUUUUCCGAAGAAAUAAAGAAGCAGGGACUAAGGCGAAGAGGCAGGCGAAAGCAACAUCAGCACAAAUAGACUACAUGGUGGACUAUUUUGUGCAACAUCCACACGUUGCAACAGGCAAGUUUCAGAGCCUACAUGGGAACACCGAUUUAAGAGGGUCAUGGGAGCAAUUAGUCACUCAAUUAAAUAGUAUAGGAAAAAAUGGAAAGACUAAAGAUGUAAAGUCAUGGAAAUCAGUGAGUGAAUUAAUAAAAAUAUAAUACUUGGGCCGGUAUUCACAGUCGAGUUCUAUUUUAAGGCGUAUUAAGUAAUAUCUUAAAAUGCUAAUACGGCUUUGUGAUUGGUUGAUGGCAUGUCAAGAUGGUCCUUAAGACGGUCUUAAAUAUAAGAAUCGACUAUGAAUAUCGGCCUUAAAAUAUUAUGUGUAACAUGUAACUGUAGUGCUUUAGUAAUUUCAGACAUGGCGAGAUAAUAAAACUGCAGUUUCCCAAAAGAUUGCAAAAAUUCGUGCUAAUCGAAGUGUAACAGGGAAUGUUGGUGGUGCUCCUGACAAAUUGACGAAACGAGAGAAAAAGAUUUUGGGUCUAAUGGGUCUUGAUUAUGUGGAGGGCGUACAAUGUCCCGAUUCAUUUCCAGAGGAACAGGCGGAAGCAAUGAAUUUGCUUACUGCGGGAGACGACGAAAUUUUAAAUAUUAUUCCUGAACCUUUAACUAUACGAGACAACAUAAAUGAUGUUAUUAUGGAGCAUGAUGUAAAUUGUAUUGUGCUAGAUGCUACUGGAGAACCUUUGGGAGAAGGGUCAACUCUUAAUAUUAUUCAGACUGAUUCACAAAUUAAAAAUGUGGAAACUGCAAAACAGCCACACCAUUGCGAAACAACAGAAUCGCUGUCGGGUUUUCCAAUUAACGAAGAUAUACCACAAUCGCUCAUUACUGUUACGCAGGGUUCUAGUAAAAAACGAAGAGCGCCGCAAAAUACAAGACGAAACACUGAACGGUUGGGCACACAGCUGCAGAAUGCCAGAGAAGAUUUUGCAACUCUAGCUGAGCGCCAAAUUUCAUGUAUGGAGAUGUUUGCUAAAGCAAUGCAACAAAUUGCAGACAAUGAAAAGGAUCGAAAUGAUUGUCUGCGUGCUUUCAUAGAAGCAGAAAAUAGUAGAGAAAAAACAUAUUCCGAAUUAAUGAUAGUAGUAAAAAAUUGUGUUGAAAUUUUGAAAAAUAAGUCUGAUCUUUAAUGUCCGUAUUUUAUUAUUUUUUGAACCUUAUUCUUUCAUAUAUAUAUAUGUAGUUUAUUUCCUUAUUAUAUUCAAAGUUUAAAGACAACGUUUUUAGUUUAAGAACAAUAAAAUAUUUGUCCUGUUUGCUGAAAGAUGUUAAUUUAAAUAAAAUAAAACUAACAAGUU